AUGACUGGCUGCCUUGAUCAUGUAUCCAGGGCUUCCAUCAACAGACCCCAGAGCUGGGCUGGAGUAAUCCUGUUGCCCUCUCAGGAGAGGGCUGACCGGUCUCAGUGCUUCAGUUCUGAGUUUCAAAGGAAUAAACUGUCCCAGAAGCUGAGCUGGAUCCUCUGCACCUUUAUGAUAAGCUGCAUUGCCCAGUUUAGUUCUGCUUCCCAGGACCAAACAGAUGGCUGGCUAGUCUGUCGGAUGCAGUGGUCACACCUGGCUGUGACACAAGCAAGUUUAUCGUGCAACAAACUUUCUUUUCCUUGGGACAGGCCCUUGUCAUCAAAGCCAUUCUCCCCUGGAGUUAAUAUGGUCAGCGUGGGAAUUGGCACAAGGCCAGGCCUAGCAAGAGGAGCCAGCUCAGGAUUGAGAUCUGACACUGAGACCGAUGAGACCAUCCUGCAGAGGAGACAGAAGCAGAUAGACUAUGGGAAGAAUACUAUUGGCUACCAGCACUUCCUACAACAGGUCCCCAAGGCUGCUCGGCAGUCAGGGAUUCACCCCCGAACUCCAAAUAAGUACAAGAAAUAUAGCCGCCGCUCCUGGGACAUGCAAGUCAAGCUGUGGAGACGGGCAUUGCAUGCCUGGGACCCGCCCACCCAGCAUCCUCUCCUGUGUGGACAAGGACUUCCAAGGAAAGAGCUGGUGAGUCUCUCAGGAAUGACGGAGACAAACUCUUUAUGCGGCUUCUCAGAAGACUGGCCUGGUUCCCUGAGGCCUCUUGAAAAUCUGCCAGGAGAAUCACUGGGUGGACAGUUUGCUGGCCUGUCAUCUCCUGGCUGCUCCUCUCCAUGGCUGCCCCAGAUCCACUCCAACUUGCUGCCCUUCCUAGGAAACGCGCACACCUGCCCAUACUGCUCCUGGAUGGGGCUAUGAGGAGAGUCCAGAGCAUUUUCUGCCUCUGAAACGACAGCAUUUGGGGAGUGGGAAGAGCUCAGGCAUCAAGUUUCAUACAAGCCCAGCUGCUAGGAUCUUCUGAGCUCAUGGAGGACAUGAGAUUAUCCUGAAGCUUGCCCCAGGGACAAGGGGCUGUUAGUGUUGAGGCUUGGAGCUGAGCAUCAGACCACUUACACAAUGCACAAAGCGAGAGAUACAAACCCAGCAGCUAUCUCCUCACACAGCCCAACUUCCAAUGGUGUAGAGAGUGUUUCUGUCACCGGAGUACCUGUAACCCCAGGCAUUGCAAUGAAUACCAGCAUGCAUAGGACCAGUUCUUUCUGCUUCCCUUCAGGAAUCUGUUCGGUCUCUUGUGUUCCAGGGAGAUCUAUAUAGAAGGGGUUGGAAAAAUGGAAAGUGGGGUCAAUAAAAUUUA